AUCUCAUUACAGUCAGGAUAUUCAGUGCUAAUCUGCCUUUUUAAUUUGUUCUCCUCUUCUUUAUAUCCUUUGACAUCAUUCCAGGAGGAAUUUUGAAAGGAAUUACUUGUUUAAGAGCAGGAGGUAUUUUUGGGUACCCCUUAGACUACAACAAUGUAUUUAUGACAAAUGAGCAGUUACUAUUAUCUGGAAUUUGGGACGUGUGUCAGGAGAGAUUUCUGUGGAAAUAAAAAAAUACUGCACUGAAAACACCAAGUGCUGGUUCAGGAAACCUUCUGUGAGCUUAAACUUAGCUUUCAUCUCACCAAAAACUGUCCAAGUGUCCCUGCCCAUGUGCAGGAAUCCUCUUGUGGGUGACCUGAACCACAGGCCACAAGAGCUGCUUUGUAAACUGUAAAUAAAUGGGUGAAGCUCAGGUUUCCUCCUCCACCAAGUGUGGCCAUUCUAGAAACACUCAUGAAACAGCUCCCACUCCUGUUCCCAUACCUGGUGAGAUCCCUUCCCACAGAGGGAAGGGUUUGCUCUCUCCUCACCAAAUGUCUUUGUGGGCUGGUGGGAUUUCCCAGUGGGAGGAAGCCAUGGAUGGGAUCCUGGCAGUAGGAGCUCAGGUGAGCCACACAGGAGGAGUCUGUGGCUUCAGCCCCUGCCUGUGCUCCCUUCAUGCACCUGCUCUUCACCCAAGUUUACCUUUCUCUUACCUGUGCAGAGGCUGUAUCUGACCAGUGCUGUGCCCAGGGAGCUCUCUGGCACUGAUUUGGUGACAGGAGCAGGGACUGUGCCCUCACAGCAUCCUUGUAGGGUAGUCAGCAUUCCCUGCCUCCUCCUGCCACAUCCCAACCCCUGUCUCCAUGGAGGGUGGGCACUGGCAGUGCCAAAACUCUGUCAGGGGCCUCUGGAGCUCUCCAUGGAUGGAACUCCAGCACCUGAGAACAUCUCCCAGCUCUGUUUCAUUCAUAUGAACAGAUGAAUCCAAACAGCACUUAGAGCAAGUCCCAGGAACUGGGAUGUCUAUUCCAAAUGCCUGUGUGGUGACCCAUGGGGCUGCUCCUGAUCCCUGACACCCUUGGCCAGGGUGUCACCUGUUUUCUCACACUCUGCCCAGAUUCCUUCAGCACGAGGACAAACCCUAUCCACCCACAGGAGAUAAACAUCUCAAACCCCUGAGGAGAAGGAGGAAAUCAAACCUGGCUCUGCUGCAUUCUGGAUGACAGUUUUAACCCCUAAAUUAUAGUCUGGAAGAGGUGGAGGGAGCAGGAGGGAACCCUAGCAGCAAUCCUGCCUUGAGGGACAGACAUGGAAUGAAGGGACAGAUACCUCUGGCUGUCACCAACAGAAAGCAGGAAGGGACCUUCCAGCCAGAAGCUCCAGUUCCUUCCCAAAGGACACUGUAGUGUUCAGAAAAUGCUGGCAGCACUACAGAAAAUGCUGAAGUUUCGAGAAGAUGGGAGAAACAUCUUGAGCUCCUCAGGGUUCUGCCCUGGGCACCUCCCCUGGCUUCUCCGGCUGUUCCUGAUUCCUAACACUCCUCCUUGGACUCAUCACCAAACCCUGGGGCAAGGUAUUCUUCCCUAACUGGCAUUUCAAUGGACAGAGACCACAUGAAAGAUCUCAGAAGAUACCUGGCACUGAAGUAUAUCCAAUACCUCGUCCUGUCUUCCUCCAACGCUGUCAGCACCCUCCUGGGGCUGCUGGGCAGCGCGUACACCAUGAUCCUCCUGCAGUCUGCCAAGGUCUCCUCCAAGUCCACUGCAGUCCUCAUUUCCAGCCUGGCCCAGGCAGACAUCCUGGUUUUGCUUAGCCUUGUUUCUGACGUGGUUUUGGGGAGUUUUGGUGCCGCUGUCUCUCCCGCAGCCUCGGCCGUGGCACGGAUCCUCCUCACGGCCAACACCCACGUGAGCUGCGUCCUGCUCAGCUGUGUGGCCUUCGAGGCCUACAUGAUCACCUUCCUGCCCUCGGAGUCACGGCCCCUGCGCACUGUCAGGAACGCCAGGCUGCUGUCCAGGGUGAUCUGGGCGCUGGUGGCCGCAGAGUGUGCCCUGUUCCUCGUGGAUGACCACCUGGGGGCCGGCGGGGCCUCCUCUCCGUCCCGUGGCCCUCCGGGGCUCCUGUUCCAGCUCUGCGGCGCGGCCGCGGCCCUGCUCAGGUCCCUCAGCUACAUCCUGGGAAUUCUGCUGAGGAUUAUCAAUGUCUACAUUUACUACAAGAUAUUUUUCAGCAUGUCUCCCAGGUCUAGACUCAAAUCCAAGUAGGAUGUACCUUCUGGGAAUGCUGGAGCGACACAAGGCCCUUCAAUGCAAUUCCAAACCAUUUGGAAACUGUUCAAUAACCAGGACCAAGGCUCACCAGGGAGGUUAAACCUUCCUGAUUCCUGGUACUGUUAUUGAGAAGAGUUUGGGGCUGAGGAGCCCCUUGGCAUUAAGACACCACAGCUGGUGUGUGUUUAUUUAGACUUCAUUCACUGUAGAGGUGAAACAAAAGACAUUUCACGGUAGUAAAUCAACCACACUAUUUUUUAUAUAAAAAGGGUGCUUAAAUGCUUCCUCAGGGAUCUGUUGAGCCAAGAGUUGUGUAGUUGUUUACUGAAGACAGGAUCUAUGUCCUAAGAUAUUCCUAACUCAGGUGACCCCCAGGCUCUGCAGGUAAGCUGGAGAGACAAGGUGAGCACCAAGAUGUCCAAGGUGGGCUCAGGGCAUCAGCCCCACCUGGAGAGUUCCUGGGACAGAGCUGGGCUGAGAUGCCACGCUUUGGAACAUUCCCAGAGCUGUUCUUGGGAGGUUGUCACAGCAAAGUAGGAAACAGCUUCUCUCACAUCCUUCUUCAGAAAUAAAAGGGUGGAAAGCUGCAAUGCAGGUCUUUGCUUCAGCCCUAGGAGAGAGAGUUUUAGAACCCCCCUGUGUGGAGGGUUCCAUGUACUGCAUCCAGAGGCAUCCCCAGUGAUUCCCUGGCUGCGGGUUUAGAGGCAGGGAAGGAUUUGCUGGCAUUAGCAGAGCUGUCCCACCUCCCCUGGCAGUGGUGUGGAAGAUCAUAGCCACCAAUGUCUUUCUGACCACACUGGGGCUUGGGUGGAUGUGUGAGAGCUGUUCCCAGCUGUUGAUUCCUGGGAUUUCCUCAACUCUCUGGGAUUUUAUCAGCAAAACACAAAGGUGUUCCAGACACCUCUGACACUACCCAACUCACACAUGGCCAUGGGCACUUCCAAAUCCUCCAGAAUUCCCAUGGGACCUCCAGGUACAGGCUGUGGUGAGGAGAGACUGAACUUCUGCCAGAUGUUCUGUCAUCCUCAGAUCUUUCUGCCACCCCCAGAUCAUUCUGCCAUUCUCAGGUCUUUCUGCCAUCCCCAGAUGAUUCUGCCAUUCCCAAAUCCUUGUGCCAUUCCCAGCUCAUGGCUGCAGCACCAGCAGCAAGUGCUGAGUGCUGACUUUGCUUCUCAGGAGACUCAAAAAGAAGCUCUGCCAAGGGCUGGGGAUCAGUAAAAUCAGAGCAGAAAUGUAAUCAAGUCAAUUAAAGCCCUGGAUGAAUAUUCCCAAUCAAAGCUGAUCCCAUCAGCAGGAAGGAUGUCCUAAUAACUUGAUGCACUGUGAUAACCUGUUCCUGCUCCUGAAGCCUGAAGUGAGAGACUCCCAGGAGAGAUGAAAUGUUACUUGAAGUGCUGUAUUUAUUAAAAAUGUAUUUUGUUAAAGCCUGGACAUUAUUUAUGUAUUUUUGCUGAGGUUCUGCUAGAGAGAUCUAGAGGAGAUUAUUUUGUUACAGCCCACAUUGGCAAGGUUUUAUAGUGAACAUUAAGACCACGUUUGACUGCUUGAUUGGCUAAGAGGGACAGAGAGAACCCAGUGACACCGGGGCUGUUCUAUCUCCUGCCCCAUCUCAGCAGAUUCACAGUUUUGCUGUGGUGCAGUUCCUGGCAGCUGGUCCCCCUCAGCCCCACUUCUGAUCACCUUUGCAGAUGGAGAGGAAACAAAACCCUGCACAGGAUGAUCAAACUGAUAAAUGGAAGAGUUCCCCCUGUCAGCGGAAAGCCACCAGGGAAGACCCAGAGGCUGCUGGUGGUUUUGCUGUGCUGCUGAUGGGUGCUGUGGGGGAAAGCCCUUCCUGCUGUUCCCCAGGGCCAAGAGCAGCCAAGAGCUCCCCCAAAAGGGGAGGAAGUGAUUUCCCAGGAGAAUGAGCAGCAUUUAAGCUUUUCCUUUGGCUGGUUCCACCUCUGCACAUGGAAGAGCUCAGGUUAGAUUUGGUGACCUUGGAGAUCCCUUCAGCCUCAAUGAUUCUCUGAUGACCCAGUGUCCCUCCUGAUAGCAGCUGGGGUUUGUGGCAGUGGCCAGGCUGAAAGGGAAGGAGAUGCUCCACAAGGAAAUUCUGGGGCAGAACACCAGUGUUGUGGUGUGAAGCUCUGCUUCCUCCUUGCCUUCCCCCUGCCCUCUUCCUAAUUGCUGUCUGUCAAGUUCCACAUUCCAGCAAGGGCAUCGUGUAAUUGGCAGAAGUUCAAAAGAUGCUUUUCAGACCUGGAGUCAUUGGCCGGUCCAGGUGUCAUUGUCCCCUGAGACCCUCCCCCUCCCACCUGGUUGGUGGCUCACCUAUCCUCUCCCUCCCACCUCCCUGUGAGCUUAAAAGGCAUUGGAGCCAUGUGGUCCCUGUUCUGUUGGAGUAGUUACCGAGAUUCAGAACUGUGUCAUCUUGGAAUAAACUCUGGAUUUAACCCUCUGGCAGAACCCGCUCUCUUUCUCUUCACCAUCACCUGAACCUUUUCCACUAGAGGUAAACUGAGUUUCUGCUUUGCAUGGGCUCAUUCCGAGUGCCUAGCUGCAACUGCCUGCGAGCUAAAGGUGUCUCUGAGGAGAAAUAUCCCCAGCAGUCAUCUCUAGCACAGUGCAAUCAAUACACCAGGCUUGGAGAGAUCUGCAUGGCUGGGACACCCAAAGCACUUUGCAGUCAAGGACAGAACCUCCAUUCCCCUUGUUCACAUCCUCAUCUGAAGAUUCCAAAUCCUUAUAAAGAGGCUUUUCUACAGUUCAGCUAAAGCAGAUGAGCUAUUUUUAUUUUUCACUUGGAUAUGAUUCCCAGAGUCGUUUUGGCUGGCUUCUGGUGGUUGAUGUAGCUGUGGCUAUGGGGUCAGGCCAUUCUCUGCAGAAGAGCUCAGAAUCUGCCUUUGCCAAGAGCUUGGAAUCACAAAAUCAUGGAAUGGUUUGGGUAGGAAAGGGUGGAUCUAAUCCAGCCCCUGCCAUGGGCAGGGACACCUUCCACUAUCCCGGGUUUCUCCAAGCCCUGUCCAUCUGUGGAUGCUUCCAGGGAUGCAGCCACAGCUUCUCCAGACCACCUGUGUUUAUCUUGGAGCUAUUUCCUGCACCAAACCCCCAAUCCAUCCUCUCCAGGACCACAAGAGCCUUUUCUGGAGUGCAGGGAGAUGCACCCAUUCCUGCAACAGAGAAUUACAAUGGAAGCACAUGGAAUUCAAAUAGCAAUCACAGCUGGCAUGGGGCAGCUGAAGGAAGGCAUUUCCCUCUCACAAGACAUUCUCCCAGGACAUUGGAUCAGUGUAAACUUUGCCUCUUGGAAGAAAAGUAGUUUAGAUUUCACUGCUUGUGAGUGUCAGCCAGGCAGGACUUGCAUCACUGCAGCAGCACCAUGAAAGCAGAAAGGUGAAAUAAAAGAAUUUUUGGAACAGAUAUGUAAUGGUGCCCAUGAAAAGGAAAUUCCCAUGUCAUAGGAAUGACCAAAAUCCUAAAAUUAGAGCUGAGGUUACACAGCAUGUUUACGUUACUUAAUGAUUAAGGCAAGGAGGGAACUUUUCUCCUACUUUUGCUGGGAAGCCUCUUUCAAAGAGAGUUUGAUAAUAGUCCAGGGAGAAGGAAAGACUCAGGCAGGAAGGUAUUUUUCUACAACUUCGUCAUUUUUAGAGAUGAGCUUCCUGAAGCAUCAGUAAUCCAAACACUUGGAUUUAGACCUCACACCACCCACAGAGCCAACUGAAUUGAGGAGAUGGGUUUGCUCCCGGCAGUAAAUCAUGUUAAAAGACGUUGAAUGUUCUUGGGAAAUGUUGCUCUCUCAAGAUCAAAAUUCUGGAAAAUUAGGGGCAAUUUGGUUUCUUCUAACAGAUGCUGGCUCCAUUUUCUUGAAUUCACAGACAUUUCUCUGAAUGCCACUUAAAGGACCUCCGGGGGUGUUUAAUAACGAAACCAAGCACUAUGGACAGUGCAAGAAGGUGUUUGGCCCCGGCUGGGAGCAGUGAGUGGCCCUGGCCACCCCAACCACACGCAGUGUCCGACACGUCCCGUCUGAGUGAGGGCUUUUGGCUCUUGUUCCCGUUCGCUGCAUCAUUCCUGGAAUCGCUCCUGGCCGGGGAUCUCCGCUCUCGCUUGCACAUCGUGCCCUCUGCUGGGAGAGGGAGACCAAACCAGCCCGAAGGAAAACCCGGCUGUGCUCCGGCACUGCCUGGAGACCUGGGACAAAGGCACAGGACAGGGGGAAUGGCUUUAGGAUGGAGGAGGGCAGAGUUAGAUGGAUAUUGGAAAGGAACUCUUCCCUGUGAGGGUGGGCAGGCCCUGGCACAGAGUGCCCAGAGAAGCUGUGGCUGCCCCUGGAUCCCUGGAAGUGCCCAAGGCCAGGUAGGACAGGGCAUGGAGCAGCCUGGAAUAGGGGAUGGUGUCCCUGCCCAUGGAUGGGCUUUAAGGUCUCUUUCCAAGGGGCCAGUCUGUGAUCCCACAAGGGGGCACAGGAGGCAGCAGGUCACAGCUAGCUCCACAUCUGGUUGCCAAAGACGCUUUUCAGUGGCCACACAAUCCCCCUUGGUUAAUACCUUGUUUUGGGACCUCUCACUUGCAGGGUGCAAUUGCCAGUUAAGUCCCCUGGGGGCUGUUUAUCCUUUGAGCCCAGGAUGGUUUGAGUCAGGAAAAGCCAUUGCCACACCGAGUCAGCCAGAGCCCUGCAGUGCUCUGCAACCCUCUGGCCCUGCAGGAGGCAUCCUGGAUGGAUAUCUUUACAGCAGAACUAGGAAAAAUGGGAUUGGGUGUGCUCUGGAGGCUGUUCCUGGAGAGCUGGCACACACGGCUGCGAGGAUGGGACAGGGAUGGACCAGGACUCUAACUGGGGGUGACACAGUCAAUUUCACAGUCCUUUCCCUCGCACUGACUCCCAUGUUUUCCUGAAAUUAGGCUGGACAGGCAUCCAAACCAGAAGCAUCUGCUUCUCCUUUUGGCAUCAGCAGUGUAAAUAAAUUGCAUUUGUGAUGUUUGGAUUCCAUAAA